CCUCCUUCUCCCGACCGCCAAUGCCGUAAGCUGCACCGGUGCUCUAGCAACUGUUUGCAUGCAUUGGGGAGGCAGGGAGGCUCCUGCCUGCCCCCCACCAGCACUCCCAGGAUUUGGAAUAGCCCGAAGUGGGGCUGAGAGGAGGAGGAGGAGGAAGCGAAGGGGGCUGGAGGGAGAGCAGGCAGGAGGCAGCCGCCUUGGCUGGGAAGAGAGAGAAGCAGCAGUUCCCUGCAGCUUCCCUCCCUCCUGGGAGUCUUUGGCUCCGUGCAAGAGGACAGCGUUGCAUGCAACGUGGCCUGCCUUUGCUGCACACCCUGAUCCCGCCGGUCAUUGCUGGUUGCAGCUGGAGGCUUUGGACCGAGAGGAAGGAGCCUCUGUCCAUGCUCCUUCCUUGUUCUGCUGACUAGGAGCCUCCACGGAACCCAUUUGGCCAGUUCGAUUCAAAUCCGAACCGGAUUCGGACAAACUCGGACCGGGUCCGUUCCGUUCCGGCCAUCAAGGAUAUAAUAUUGAAGAAAGUGAAAGUUGGAAGGAUGAAGGGGGAAACCAGCGGAAGCAUUUUGGGAGGUACCAGAUGGGGAAAAAGAGAAGAACAGAAAUGAAAAAUGGGAGCCAAACGGAAGAACAGGAAGGGAUCAUCUCCUUUCUCAUUGUGGAAUUCAACAAAUAAUGCAGAAAGCAAGAGAGAGAAGUAAGUCCUCUCCACAUAGAAAAAACUCCAGUUCAGAACCAGCCUCUCAACCUCAGUGGGAUAUGCAGCCAGGGGAGAAACUAUAUGAAUGUUGGGAGUAUGGAAACUGCUUCAGCCAGAGUGGAGAUCUUGUUAAACACCAUAGAACCCACUCUGGGGAGAAACCACAUAAAUGCUUGGAGUGUGGAAAAAGCUUCACCAAGAGUGGAGUACUUACUAGACAUUAUAGAAUCCACACUGGGGAGAAACCACAUGAAUGUCUGCAAUGUGGAAAGAGCUUUGGCACACGUGCAAACCUUAAUGUACACAGUAGAAGCCACUCUGGGGAGAAACCACAUAAGUGCAUAGAGUGUGGAAAGAGCUUCAGAACAAGUGGAGAUCUUUCAAUACACCAUAGAAGCCACUCUGGGGAGAAACCACAUAAGUGCAUGGAGUGUGGAAAGAGCUUCAGCACAAGUGGAGCUCUUUCUUUACACCAUAAAAGCCACACUGGGGAGAAACCAUAUAAGUGCAUGGAGUGUGGAAAGAGCUUCAGCAUGAGUGGAAACCUUACUCGACAUCAUAGAACCCACACUGGGGAGAAACCACAUGAAUGUUCGCAAUGUGGAAAGAGCUUCAGCAGGAGUGCAGACCUUAUUAGACAUCAUAGGAUCCACACUGGGGAGAAACCACAUGAAUGUUUGCAAUGUGGAAAGAGCUUCAGCACGAAGGGAGAUCUUUAUAUCCACCAUAGAACCCACACUGGUGAGAAACCAUACAAGUGUUGGGAGUGUGGAAAGAGCUUCAGCAUUAGUGGAAACCUUACUAUACACCAGAGAACCCACACUGGGGAUAAACCACAUAAGUGUUUGCGAUGUGGAAAGAGCUUCAACUCAAGUGGAAAUCUUAAUCAACACCAGAGAACUCACACUGGUGAGAAAUCAUAUAAAUGUUUGGAGUGUGGCAAGAGCUUCAGCAGAAGUGGAGCUCUUAUUGUACACUUUAGAACCCACACUGGGGAAAAACCUUAUGAAUGUUUUGCGUGUAGAAAGAGCUUCAGUACGAAUGGAGCUCUUAAUUUACACCAUAGAACACACACUGGAGAGAAACCGUAUAAAUGCUUGGAGUGUGGAAAGAGCUUCAGCAUGAGUGGAGAUCUUAAGAAACACCAUAGAACCCAUACUGGGGAGAAGCCACAUAAAUGCUUGGAGUGUGGAAAGAGCUUUCGCACAUGUGGAGCUCUUAAUAUGCACUACAGAACGCACACAGGGGAGAAACCACAUAAAUGCUUGGAGUGUGGAAAGAGCUUCAGCAGAAGGGGAGCUCUUACUUCACACCAUAGAACUCACACAGGGGAGAAACCACAUAAAUGCUUGCAGUGUGGAAAGAGUUUCAGCAGAAGUGGAACUCUUAAUUCACACCAUAGAACACACACUGGGGAGAAACCACAUAAGUGCAUGGAGUGUGGAAAGAGCUUCCGCCCGUGUGGAGAUCUUACUUUACACCAUAGAAGCCACACUGGGGAGAAACCACUUAAGUGCAUGGAGUGCAGAAAGAGCUCCAGCACGAAUGGAGCUCUUACUUUACACCAUAGAACUCACACUGGAGAAAAACCACAUAAGUGCAUGGAGUGUGAAAAGAGCUUUAGCAUGAGUGAAGAUCUCAAUAAACACCAUAGAACCCACACUGGGGAGAAACCAUUCAAAUGCUUAGAGUGUGGAAAGUGCUUCGGCCAGAGGAGUAACCUAACAUUACAUUAUAGGAUCCACUCUGGGGAGAAACCACAUAAAUGCUUGGAGUGUGGAAAGAGCUUCAUUAAAAUUGAACAUCUUACUAAACACCAUAGAACUCACACCGGGGAGAAACCAUAUAAGUGUUUGGAGUGUGGAAAGAUCUUUAGUCAGAGAGGAAAUCUUACUAUGCACUAUAGAACCCACACUGGGGAGAAACCAUACAAAUGCUUGGUGUAUGGAACGAGCUUCAGCAAAGGUCAAAAACUUACUAUACACAAUAGUACCCACACUGGAGAGAAACCACAUAAAUGCUUGGAGUGUGGAAAGAGCUUCCUCCAGUUUAGAAAUCUUGCCAUACACCAUAGAACCCACACUGGGGAGAAACCACAUAAAUGUUUGGAAUGUGGAAAGAACUUCAGUACAAGUGGAGCUCUUUCUGUGCACCAGAGAACGCACACUGGGGAGAAACCACAUAAAUGUUUGGAGUGUGGAAAGAGCUUCAGUACACGUGGAGCUCUUUCUGUGCACCAUAGAACCCAUACUGGGGAGAAACCAUUCAAAUGCUUAGAGUGUGGAAAGAGUUUCAGCAUGAGUGGACAUCUUAAUAGACACAAGAGAACCCACAUGGGGGAUAAACCACCUAAAUGUUUGAAGUGGGAAGAGUUUCAGCCAGAGUGGAGCUCUUUCAGUGAAGCACAGGACCCGCACUGGGGAGAAAGCACAUCAAUGCUUGGAGUGUGGAAAGAGCUUCAACAGACGGGCACAGCUUAUGGUACAGCAGAAAACUCAUAGAGGACAGAAAAAUCCAUAAACAUAUUUGGAGUCUGUAAUGAGGGACUGUGGAACUUAAGACCUUUUACUAGAAGAACUUUCUCCAUGAUCCUAAUGAGGACCAGUUUAGUGUGUUUUUGGCUCUCUCUCAAUUUAUACUCAUCUUAAUCAUACAAGAGACCUGGUGAUGGCACAUAAUAUGGACAAAUCGACUCAUUCUUCAGGCAUAUCUAGGGUCUACGACUCCUUGGGUGGUCCAGUAAUCCAUGUAUUUUCUGAAAGAUGUAUAUGAGGGAACCAAGUAAUGAUUAUCUCUCCCUCCCUUGACCAUUUGGCACAUAUGAGGGAGACAAUGAAGGGGUCACUCUUGCAUGGGUGUUUGGAUUGGAGGUGGCCCCAGAUGCUAGUUCUUCAUCCUCUUCUCAACCAUGCAUCAGAAAACUCCUGGCUGAAUGGGAUGAACCCACCAAUGUCCCUAAAUUCUAAGAGGGUGGAUGCUUCUCCAACAUUUUAACUUUUGUCAACCGCCUUGGGGUUGUCUUUUAACGAAAGGCGGUAUAUAAAUGCAACAAUAAAUAAAAAUAAAUAAACAACCAUUAUAAGAGGCAGGUACCCCCAGAGCAACAGUUUACCAUUCCUAGGGAACUGGCAAGAGAAUGGAGUGAGAGAGGAAAUGGGGAGAUUAGACUAGGUUUAGGUCUAGAUUAGAUUAAGUUUAUUAUGGUCUGAGACAAGGGGGGUGGGGAGAAACACCAGAAACAAGGGGUUUUUUGGUUACAGAGUUACAGACACACCAGUACAGCAGAUAGCUUAUAUCACAUCAAUCUCUCUGUAUAAUUCUCCUAAACGUACCCGUCGCUUAUCCCAUGUGUGGCAGCUCUCACGAGAGUUUGCGAGCAGCUGCCCGGAUAGCGACGGGGAAGGGAACAGUAAUGGUGGCCAGGCAGGUGGCCGGCAGGCCCGCCACUGGGAGGAAGCGUGGCGGCGGGCCGGAGGAAGCGGCGGGCCGGCCGGCCACCCGGAGGAAUCACAGCAGCGGGCCACAUGGCCACCGGGAAGAAGCACAGCAGCAGGCUGGAGGAAGUAGCCGGCCGGCCGGCUGGCAAGAACAGGUGGAGGUACCUGCCGGGAGGAGGUGGCAAGCCAAGGCAGCCGGGUGGCUGGCUGGUCGGCUGGCUAGCAGGUGGGGGGAGAGAAAACAGUUGAGGCAAACUAGAGGCACAGAUGCUCUGCGCCCAGUAGUUUACAAGAUUAUGGAUACACUAAACCAGGCCUGCACAUCUAAAUGGGAAAUAGCUCUGAAAAUGAAAUUGCAUCAUCUGGGCACGUCCCAAGAAAACCUUAUAGGGAGGGGUUUAGAUCAGGCAAUGACUUAUUUGGACAUAGAUCAGCAGGAGGAGUGUGCUCGUCUACCAAGGGGAAUCUAUAUAGGCUCUCAAAGAUUCAGCCACAAACUGGCUGAAUAUUUAGAUUAAAUGUUCUUACCUAAGUUUAGGAGAGCAUUGACCCUUGCACGUUUGAAUGCCCUUCCUUCUGCACUCCGAGACGGAAAAUAUAAACGAGUUCCAUACUCGUUGUGUCGUUCCCUUGUGGCUAGGGGAUAUAGAAUCAGUUGUUCAUGUUAUUCUGUAUUGUCAAUCUCAUAGGGGUGCUCGUAAAUUCAUUGUUUCUCUCUUAAAGAAUCAUCCUGGCCAUACUGAUCAAUUUUACUUGGAUUUUUUGCUGUCAAAUUUUAAGUUUUGUUGCAUCUAAACUUCGUAGAGCUUGUAUUAGCAAUUUGAAUAUUUUGUAAAUUAUAAAUGUAUUAUUUUAAAUGUUAAGCUGGUCUAAGGACCAUAAUAAAUUUACUUACUUACAUAC